UAGAGCUCCACUCCGGCUCUUCGGCCUCGGUGAUCGCAUCCCCGCCGCCGGCAACUCAUCUUCACAGGUUCUUCUCGAGUCCUAAAACCAAGCUUCCUCAGCAGACAUGGAGCGUACCUUCAUCGCCGUGAAGCCCGAUGGCGUCCAGAGAGGACUGUGUGGUGAGAUCAUCAAGCGCUUCGAGCAUAGAGGCUUCAAGAUGGUGGCUGCCAAAUUCAUGCAGGCCUCUGAGGACCACAUGAAGAACCACUACCUGGACCUCAAGGACAUGCCCUUCUACGGUGGACUGUGCAAAUACAUGUCCGGUGGACCCAUCCUCGCCAUGGUGUGGGAGGGUCAGAACAUUGUGAAGCUGGCCAGGAUGAUGCUGGGUGAGACCAACCCUGCUGACUCCAAGCCCGGCAGCAUCCGUGGAGACCUGUGCAUCAACAUUGGCAGGAACAUCAUCCACGGCAGCGACACCCUGGAGAACGCCAAGAGAGAGAUUGGCCUGUGGUUCAAGGCUGAGGAGUUUGUCUCCUACACUUCUUGCGCCCAGACCUGGCUGUACGAGUAAAUCGGCCAAUCACCGACCAGUCAACUAGAACCCACCCCAGUCACCCCUACCCGCCCUACAGUCGAUCCUCUCACUUCGUUUUCACUGAUCAAUCCAAAAACAUGUAGUGCUUAUCAAUAAAGUCUCAUGUUAACAACAAAA